AUGGACUCAAGAACUUCGUCAAAGGUUUUUGAAGCAGUCAAUCAACUUGGAGGUGUAUAUAGUAAGUAUUUCUAUGACAUCAAUGGCCUUACUUAUCGAUCCUUUGUUCCGAGCUCAAGGUUUCCUAGGGAAAAGUCAACACUCUCGAUCGGCAUUGAAAACAAGCAAGAAG